CCACCCACACAAGUUUGACCAUUACAGGCACUAAUCUGAAGUUUCUGGUUCUCGGGUCUGUUCUUGAUAUGACCUCUGGGCUUCUCACCUUAUUUUGAUUUACUUUAAUGGUGAACACUUUGUUGCUAUUUUGGUCUAAAAGAUUGCAUCUGAGUAUUAAAGUUUGAAGCUUUUGAAGUAAUGAAUCAGCACUGGAAAUAAUUGCUUCGUUUUUUCAAUUGUUUGUAAGUGGUCACCUUGGCUUUCAGGUGUUUGUUGUGAUUGGAUUGUGAUGGAUGCAAAUGGUAAUGCUCCAAAGACUAGCACUGGAGAAAUUAGCAUGACUGAGAACAAGAAAGUGGCCAGUGAGGUGUUUGUUGUGAUCUCUGGUGAUGAAAAAGAUUCGGGGAAUCUGAAUAAUGGUGUGAGGGAUCAAAAGGCUAAACCUUCAUCUGAUUCUCAUUCGCCCCGUGUCCCAGUGACUUGUUCGUCCCCUGAGAUUGCGACGUUCAGCCCGAGUGCCAAUAAGCCUCCCAAAAUACCCAAUUCAGGCCUCACUCGGCGUAAGACACUUACAAGAUCUGUGUACUCGAAGCCCAAAUCGAGAUUUGGUGAACAAACUGUGACUAUUGAUCACGAUAUGUUUGAUGAGCAAGUUGAGCAAACUGAUGCGAAUGCUUCUAAUCGUGCUUCGCCUAUCAACAAAUUGGGUUUUAAUGACGCUGGUGCUAUGUACAAAGAGACUGCAAGGACUGUUUCGGUGUGCGUUACCCCCAAAACGCCGUUGAUGGCAUCACCAGGCGGUUUUGAUGAUGAACACGAGGAGAUAUAUAAGAAAGUUAAAGUGAGGCAGAAGUUGAAGCUUAGGAAAGUGAAACUGAGAGUUCUAAGUGAAUGGUCAUUGUUUUUUUGCCUUUUAGGGUGUCUGAUUGCUAGCCUGACGGUUAAUAAGGUGCAAAAUUGGAGACUUUGGGAUUUGGAGAUUUGGAAGUGGAUAACACUUGUUAUGGUGACCUUAAAUGGGCUGUUGGUUACGAAAUGGUUCAUCCAUUUUCUCACCUUGUUGAUUGAGCUGAACUUCUUGAUGAGGAAGAAGGUCUUGUACUUCGUUUACAGUUUGAAGAAGAGCGUUCGGGUCUGUCUUUGGCUGAGUCUGGUCCUUGUCACUUGGGCUUCCCUCUUCACACACGGGGUUCGGAGAUCACGUGUUGCUAACCGAGUUUUGGAUUACAUUACUUGGACAAUCUCUUCGUUGCUUAUUGGUGCUUUUUUGUGGCUCUUGAAGACUCUGCUGCUUAAGAUCUUGGCAUCCUCUUUUCAUGUAAACACAUUCUUCGACAGAAUCCAAGAAUCGAUAUUUCAUCAGUACAUUCUAUUGACCCUUUCGGGGGCUGCUGUUAUGGAGUUUGCGGGGAUGAUUAGGAGAACAAACAGUACUAUCAGUCAGCUUAGUUUCCAAAGGACAAAGAAGGGAAAGGAUGGGAAGGAGAAAGAAAUUAUUGAUAUUAAUAAGCUUCAUCAGAUGAAGAGGGAGAAGGUAUCUGCCUGGACGAUGAAAAUGUUAGUCGAUGUCAUUUCUAAUACGGGGCUGUCCACCAUCUCUGGUUCGUUCGAUGAAACCACCUUCGAUGGAGAAUAUGAACAACCGGAUAAGGAGAUUACUAACGAAGAGGAAGCACUUGCUGCUGCAUAUCACAUUUUCAGGAAUGUUGCACAGCCGGGUUCCAAGUAUAUCGAUGAGUUUGACCUAAGGAGAUUCUUGAUUAAAGAAGAGGUGGAUAUGGUGUUCCCUAUGAUAGAUGUGGCAGAGACUGGACAAAUUGACAGGAAAACUUUGACAGAGUGGGUGGUUAAGGUUUACAAGGACCGCAAAACGCUAGUGCAUGCUUUAAACGACACGAAAACAGCUGUGAGGCAAUUGAACAAGCUUGUCACGGGGAUUCUGUUAAUUGUAAUAAUAAUCAUAUGGCUUCUAUUAGUAGGGAUAGCUACUACGAAAGUAAUCUUCUUUCUGUCUUCCCAACUUGUCGUUGCCGCUUUUAUGUUCGGGAACACUUGCAAGAUUAUCUUCGAAGCCAUUGUCUUUGUGUUUGUGAUGCAUCCAUUUGAUGUUGGCGAUCGCUGUGUCGUUGACGGGGUUCAGAUGAUUGUCGAGGAAAUGAACAUCUUAACAACUAUCUUCUUGAGAUAUGACAACGAAAAAAUAUACUAUCCAAAUUCUGUCUUGGCUACUAAGGCCAUCAGCAAUUACAAGAGAAGUCCUGAUAUGAGUGAUUCCUUUGAGUUCUCCAUCGAUUUUAGGACACCUAUGGAGAAGAUCGGAACUCUAAACGAAAAAGUAAAGAAGUAUAUAGAAAAAUCCCCUCUUUGGCACGCCAAUCACAACAUGGUGGUGAAGGAGAUUGAAAAUAUGAAUAAAAUAAAGAUGGCCUUAUAUUUCAAUCAUACGAUGAACUUUCAAGAUUUUGGGGAGAAAAACAGACGGAGAACUGAACUAAUCCUAGAAAUGAAGAAAAUGUUCGAGGAUCUGAAUAUCAGAUACGAUCUUCUUCCUCAAGAAGUCCAUCUUAGUGAGUCGAAAGCUACAAGCGGGAGAAGUAAAUGAUUUUGUUCCCUCCCCCGCUAUUGGAGUUUGGUUUGUGGGUGAACGGGUAAAUGAAGCUUCAAGAUUGAAUGCUGAUAGUACAGCAGAGCUGAUGUUCGUUCUGACUGCAUAUGAAAUACUUGCUGGAUUGCGAAAAGGUUUUGAAAUUUUCUGGCCGGCAUUGUUGGAGGUGAAUGGCUAUGUUUGAACCCUGAAGAUGUCAUUUUUAGCCAUGGCUAGAUGCAAGGCUAAAUUUCGGCUGCUACUAAUGCUAGUGUGGAUAGAUUAUAGGUGUAACCAAACAAGGGUUAGAGAAAGGAAUGUUUUGGUGUUCUUUGAGAAUUUUGAUUAACCAUCUCUUGAACAAUGAAGGUUGCUAAUAGGUUAUCUUAGUUUCAUCUCUUCUUGGUUGGUGUUA